GUCAGCACCUCGUCAGCUGACUCUGAUCAAUGGCCACAAAACACAAACACAAUAACGUGUGAGGAGGAAUGGUGUGAAACAGAGCAACAGUGACGCAAAAACGCCCAUUCUGCAACGUUGCGAGUCCCAACUAACUCCUCUUCAGGCAGUAACAUCAGAAGGGAAAGUGUUGCAUUGAUCAAUGGUUCCUCUUGAGUGCGUGUUGCGGCUGUGAUGGUCCAGCAUGGACUUCUCGGGAGGGGGCGGACAGCACCUCGGAGGACAGCACCUCGGACAACACCUUGGGCAACACCUCGAUUAUGGGCACGGCCUCAGCCAACAGCUCGGGCAGCUCACCCUCGAUCAUUCCUCGCGGCCUCCGUUGUGCCCUUCUGCGGGGACGAGGACGUCCUUCGGGGGCGAGGUCCUCCCCCGUGACACAGGGUGCGCCUCCGACAUCUCCUUCGGCAGGAGCUUUUCACCCGCGGCCUUCCAGUCUGCAACGUCUCAGUUGCAUGAGACUCAUAGCCAGUUACAGCAGCCCUAUUUGCAGCAAAGAGAGCAGGUGAGUUACAGCUCUUCUCCACUGAGCUCGAGCAACCCCAGUCUCCUAGGUGGGAGUCCAGUGCCAACCCAGCACCAGUUGUCCCCUAGUAAUCUGGGCACAUUGGGCCUGCAGUCACCCCGUCUUACUCCCAUCCAGUCCCAGACGUCCUCCCCCAUCAGGUCCUCACUGGGCACUGCACAGCUCAGUUCCUCCUCUAUGACAGCAGGUAUUCAGAAGGAUACCUUGGCGCCAGAUACACAAGGGUUUGUUGGCCACAUGGGGGGCUCUCACUCACCAGUUCACUCCCAGUUGGGGCGAGCACAACUGGCAUCCAGUCUGCCCACAUCCUUACAACCACGACCCUUCCAGCCACAGCAUACCCCCCAAAACCGCUUGAGUGGAGCCCAGUUAGGGUCAAGCUGGGGCAGUGUUGACAGUCAGAGUGCAAGUUAUCAGGUUCCCCUCCAGCCUGGCUCAAAUGAGAACAGUCAAGGCAGUGGUCUCGGGUAUUCCAAUUUAAGUACAUACAACACCCAUGUGGUGAAUGGCCAAAUGGCAGCAGGAAUGCACUUGCAACAGGACAUGCAGUAUCAGAACCAGCUGCAGUUUGACAGUAUGGGUUUCAUGUCAAUGCAAUCACAGCAAAUGCAGUAUGGCGGUUUCACACAGUUGCAACAGACUUUUCCUCAAGAAACAAAUGGCUUCCAGUAUAAUGUUGACUAUAUUGACAGUGCAGAUCCAAAUGCCUAUCAGGAUUAUUACUAUGACUAUCAGUAUAAUAGUUAUAAUGGGUCAAUGGAUAGUCUGGACCCAAAUUAUUUAGGGACUCCAGUGGGUCGAGCUCCAACCCCAUAUGGGGAUGAAACUGUAGAUGACCUUGGACCCGAGGAAGUACGAUGGUUCUACAAGAUUGAAGCAGAUAAGAAGUGGACACCCUUUAUUGGUUAUGAUUCUCUUCGCAUUGAGUGGAAGUACAGGGACCUUAUGCAAGACACAAAUCCUGGGGGGUCAAAUGGCUCUCCUUAUGGAAAUGUGGAGAAUGAGCAGCAAUCACCAAAGGAAAUGCAGGAAAAAUCACAAGUUACCGAGAGAAUUGUUGUUCGAGGAGGACUGUAUGAGGUGGACGUGAAACAUAGGAGAUGUGAAAGUAUUUAUUGGAAAGGUGAAGUAUUCAUGAUCUGUCGUGGCACAUGGUUUUAUGAAGGUGCAUGGGGUCCUGUUGAAGAAAUGCUUGCAGAUCGUUUGGAAAUGGAACAUUUAACACACUUCAGAGGGCAUUUGCUAACAUCUCAACGUGUAGAUGAUACAACGAAAGAAAUUGUACAUUCCUUAUCACUGCCUGAGGGUCAAGUAGACUGGUUUAGUGCCUCAGAGAUAUACCUCUCAUCUGAUGCGACGCCAUCCAGGUUAAUGAGAUCUGUUGGCAAGAAACUAGGCUUCCAAAAGACUGGCUACAAACUACACAGAGGCUACAGUAUAGAUGCUACAGCCAGUGAUAAACCUCCUGAUAUCAGCCAUAUUGUUUUUGUUAUCCAUGGUAUUGGGCAGAAGAUGGAGAUGGGCAGGAUUAUCAAGAAUUGCACAGCUGGAGAUUUUGGUACUCUUGAGGUGGGGUAUGUGUACGGUUCAUACACCGUCAGGAAGAAUUGGAAUCUUAAAAAUGAAAUAGUGUAUAUAACAAAUAUUGGGUUCAACCCCAUCGGCGGGAACACAGCGUCCAUCUUACAUGCUAACAAUAUCAAUAACUUAAUAAAUAAAUUAAGCUUCUGUAUUGACAUGUCGACCGGGUCUAACAUUGUAUCACCAUUGCAAAGGGCGACCUCUCGUGACCUGUAUCCGGAAGGAGAUAGCAGGUCACCAGGGCAGGUCAGCACGAGCCCUCUGACGCCAGCUGGUUGUCUGACAGCCAGCUGGGUCGGCGACAUCAAACGACCGAUGAAACGAACAAGUGGUCGUACAGAGAGCAUGCGAAAAUAA